AUGACCGAUGUGGGCGCUUCCUCAUCACAAGAAUCAAAUAUUACUCCUCAAAAUCAGCGGAUUUUAUCAGCGAGAAGUCAUCGAAGCAUUGUUCAUCCCGAAGGAUCAUUGAGAGAAGAAAGCGAGAUGGUGAUCAGCGGAUGGGAUGGACCGGUGGCGGUGAGGAGAAAGUGUUUCCAUCCAGCUCGUCGAAUCAUUCUUAUCGAGUAUCACAUGAUCAAACAGAUUGUUUAUGGGGCAGCUGGUUUAUUCUGUCGUCCGGUGGCGUUGGCUUUUGGAAAUAUCUUCGCGAAUAUACGAAUUCAUCGCUCACAAGGCGAAAAAGUUCCUGAAGAGCAAUUGCUAAUAGUU